AUGGCUCCACAUUCGAACACCGAUAUCGAACCUCCAACAACCGAUCGCCUAUCGUCAGAGAAGAAACGAUGGGGCAUGACCCUAGCGGGCAUCCCCAAGUUUCCCUCCUACCACGAAGAGCGAACACAUAUCCUUGAGCAUAUGGCCGCCACCUUUCGCAUCUUCGCUCGUAAGGGUUUCUCUGAGGGCAUGGCUGGUCACAUAUCUGUUCGCGAUCCCGAAAACCCUCAUACUUUCUGGACCAAUCCACUCGGUCGUCCAUGGCCAUUGAUGCUGGCCUCUGACAUGGUCCUGGUCGACUACGAUGGCAAAGCCGUUGGAGGCAACAUGAGCCGGCCCUCCAAUGCAGCAGGCUUUCUUAUUCACAGCGCCCUCCACAAGGCGAGACCCGAUGUUAAUGCUGCUUGCCAUGCGCAUACGAUUUAUGGAAAGGCUUGGUCAACUUUUGGCAGGCCGCUGGAGAUGAUCAAUCAAGAUGCGUGCGUCUUUUACGGCAAGGCACAGGCAGUCUACGAGGAUUUUGGAGGCGUUGUCUUCGACGAAGACGAAGGAAAGAGACUCGCCGAGGCACUCGGGCCAGAUGGCAAGGUCAUGACACUUACAAACCAUGGUCUCUUGACAGUUGGCCAAACGGUUGACGAGGCAGCCUACCUGUUCACGUUGAUGGAGAAGAGCUGCCAGAUCCAAUUGCUUGCGGAAGCUGCCGCUGCAAACGGCAUUCCUAAGCGAAUUGUCGACGACGAUGUCGCUGCUUACACGUUCAAGAUGACUUCGAGUGCGGAAAGCUUGUACUGCGAGUUUCAGCCUGACUUUGAGGUUGAGGACGCUCUGAGUAAUGGAGCAUUCCGCAAGUGA